AUGGAAAUUUCAAGGGAUCGCUCCAUCAUUUUCCUUAUUCUCACAUUUGGACUAAUAUAUUUUACAUGGUUUCGAUAUUCCCGAUACUACAAUUAUAGACGUGUUUUUUCAAAUAUGAGUCAUGUUCAUGAUUUAACCGUGGCUCUUUACACACCCGAUCUAACUUAUGCAGAAAUGGAUGGAAUGGCUUCUCUACGGUACGACAAAAAUGAAUGUCGGAUUAACAAAAUCGUUCCAGCCAAAGAUCGUCGACAAGAUCUCCUCCAAUUUCUUCUAUAUAUGCCUUCUUACUUUUGCUUCCAAGGUGCAAGUAUGGAUAUAUUGGUGGUUGAACAAAGGUCAAAUGGGUCAUUCAACAAAGGCCUUCUAUUCAAUGCCGCUAUCCGUGAAGUGGACAGGGCAAACAGUGCAGGAUAUGACUGUUUUGCAUUUCAUGACAUAGACAAGUUGCCGGUUUAUCGUAAUGUACCUUACAUCUGUAAGUCUGGACCUCAUUGUUUGAUUACAGAAAAGAGACACGAAAGUGGUUAUUAUUCCACAUUUAUUGGAGGAAUCGUAAUGUUUACAAGAGAACAACUUGAGAAGAUGAAUGGAGCCUCAAAUUCUUUUCUGAAUUGGGGUGGAGAAGAUGACGAUUUGUGGAAUCGAGUAAGGAUAGCCAACAUGACAUUGUAUCGACCAAAGCAUGAGGAGGGUGUAUACUAUGAGUUCGACAAUGACCACAAGAGGAUUAUGAAUCCAGAUCGUUAUGACCUUCUGACGAAUAGAAACAAUUACAAAAGUAUGAUGGAUGAUGGUUUAAGACAAGCUAAUUAUAAGCUUGUGGAACGUGUGGAUUACAAUAAUUUCGUCUGGCUUAGUAUUUCUUUCUAG